GUUUUCUUGAAUUUGAAUUUUAUAUGUGCUUAAUUUUAGUGCGUAGCGAAUUCAGUUUCGAGAAGUGUUGUCAUUCGUAGUUGUACAGUUCAGAAUUCUCGAAGCAACGAAUCUUGUAGUAAUUAAAUCCAACGAAAUCUUGCAGUUAUAAUGAGUACUGCUGAAGCUAAGCCUCAUCUGCAAUAUGGAAGAGAUUACCUGUUGCAGUUAAGGAUGCAUCCUUUAUCAAUACAGAGGCCAAAAAAACUUGCUGACUUUGAAAUGGCAAAAGAAAAACUUUAUCUUUACCAGAUAAACAGUACGGCAAUGUUUCCAAAUAAAAAUUUACCAACUAAUGUUUCAAGUGACAUUUUACACUCAUUUGUUAAUCUAGAAAACUCCAAAAAUAUACUACGCCAGCGUCGUACAUUAACUUCAUAUUUUCCUAAAUAUUAUCCAUUGUAUCCAUCAAGCCAAACGGGUAGUGCAACAUCUCAAAAUGUGCUAUCAUCUAAAUACCGAUAUACUUCAUUGCCAGAUUAUCCUCUGAGGAAACAUUCUUUGCCAUCUUCAUCUUUAUACAAGAAUGAUGUUUCUGCUAGUGGAAUGUAUUAUGGAAACUCUCAUCUGUUGGGACCAUGGUCAAAGCAUUUCUAUCCUUUAGGUAAUGCAUGGAACAGCCAUUCUGAAAUGCUGCAUAAUCGUGCUGUUGAAAACAAAGAAGUUGUUGAACACAUGUCUAAAAGUAAAAAGAAAUUGCCAAUAAUUGAUCCUAGAACUGGAAAAAAUGUUUUGGAAGCUGUCAAUAAAUUUUCAUCUCCACCUCAAGACAAAGAAUUGCCUGAUGAAAAUGUGGUAGCAGAAACUAGAAAUGCUAAAUCGUCUGAAACUACUUUUAAUGAGAAUCAUUACUGUAAUGCUGAAACAGAUAUAAGAAAUUUCUAUGAUAAGAUUGAUGUUGAUUAUAUAAAUGCAGCAAACAGUCCACAAGCAUGUAAUGAAUCUUCUUUUAUCAUUGCAUCAAACAAUAUAAUGAGAAACUUAAAUGCAUCUUUAUUUAAUUCUUCUGAUGAAGAAAUUAAAGAAACAGUACCAGAAACAGUCGAUGCAAAUGUCAAUGAAAAUUCUUUGGCCAACAAAAAUUUUGAGAUGUACCAUGAAAUAGGUCUACCAUCAAAUUCUAAAGAUAACACUGAACAAACAUUUAUUGGAUCUUUUACCUAUGAAAAUGAUGCAAAAUCUUUGUAUCUAAAUGCUGAAAAAUCUAAUUCUGAUGAUGACCGUAGAAAAUCCAUGGCAAAUGAUUUGUUACAUGAUUUAUGUGAGAAUGUAAAAGGUACGAACGGAACAUCUAAUAUGCAGAAUUUGGGCACUCCUCAGUAUAGACGACAAUGUCAUUCAUUUGUAACUAAAAGCCAUUCAAAAAAUUUUGAAGAUGAAUUAAAUGAAAAUGUCACAUUACUGAGGGAAAAAGUGUAUCUAAUGAGACAAGAGCAGCAAAAAAUGGCUAUUCUGCAUAGCUUUCUACGAUACAAGAAACAUCAGCUUGAUGAAUAUGCCCACAAAUUAGAUGACAAGAAACUUGAACUAGCUAACUGGGAAUUCACUUUGAAUGCUGUACACAAAAAAUUAAAAGAUAAAGAGUAUUGGAUAGAAGCAAAAUGGGAAAUCCUAAAAAACAGAGAACAACAAAUAGAAGAAAGGGAGAAAGUGUUGAAGAAAAGUGAGAAUGUAUUCUAUAGAGAUUUUAAUAAUCACUAUAGGGAACAAGAGAUUUUACUAAAGAAACUUCAAGAGCAAAGUGAUAUAAAAAAAGAAUUUAAUUCUACUGAAAAACCAAAGGACAAGAUAUGUGUUAAUUCUGAAUUUGGAGAGCCUAAUCCUGAAGAUGAACAAGAUAAUAUUACAACUAAACCUGAAUUAAAUAACUUUUCUGAAAAACUUCAGAACAUAAAGUUGCAUAAUGUAAAAAUGCCACUAGAACAUAAUGAGAAUAGAAGUCAUUAUAUUCAUAGAUAUGAGCACAGUAGUCCAGAAAGUUCUCAGCAAGUGGAUUAUAAAAGUGAUGAUUCGGAUACCAUACAAAAUGCUGAAGAUAAGCAUGAAACCUGUCCUGAUAUUGCAUCUGAAAAUGAUGAUUUAAACUAUAAUCUCAUAGAGUCUCAUAAGAUAAAUACAGAUUUAACAAUGUUACAGUUGAUAGAAUUUAGUGGGAAUAAGAAUGACUCUCAUGGAAAAUUUCAGCAUCCUGAAAGAAAACAUGAAGUGAAUUCAGACUUGACAUCUGCAGCUGAACCUGCUGAACCUAAUCUGUGCAUAAUCAAUGAAAUACAUUCUUGCAGACUGGCACAAUGUAAAACUUACUGUAUUGCUGAAAAAGAAAAUUCCGAGUUAAAUGAAUUAGGUCCUUUACAGAAAAAAAUUGAAUGUACAUGCAAAUCUGGAAUUGAAUCGGAAGGAAGACAAUACCUUCCAGAACAUAUUAAAUUUUGGCUAAAAAAGAAAGAAAGUGUAUUGCAAAACAACUGUUAAUGCAAAGACUUUAAGUUGAGAAAAACUUUAUUUAGCUGUCCAUUUUCAAUACAUUUAACAUGUUAAUGAAAGACCAAAUAUUGAAAUACAUACCAUUUUCAUGUAUGUAUUAGGGUGUUAUUUAUCACAAGUGUAAAAUUCAUUUUGUUUAAAUAAAUAGUUUACUUUCUUGUU